AUGUCCUAUUUUUCCAGUGUAUGGACACACCAGAGGACUCACACAGGAGAGAAACCCUUUGAAUGUCCUAUCUGUGGGAAAAGCUUUAUUACAAAUUCCGAUCUGGUGAGACACCAGAGGACUCACACAGGAGAGAAACCCUUUGAAUGUCUUUCCUGUAGGAAAGGUUUCUGUGAUCAUUCCAGCCUGGUGAAACACCAGAGGACUCACACAGGUGAGAAACCAUUUGAAUGUCAUAUCUGUGGGAAAAGCUUUAGUGAUAAUUCUAAUCUAGUGAGACACCAGGACUCACACAGGAGAGAAACCCUUCAAAUGUCCUUAUUGUGGGAAAGGUUUUAGUCUGAGUUCCAGCCUGUGGGCACACCAGAGGACUUACACAGGAGAGAAACCCUUUGAAUGUCCUUUUUGUGGAAAAAGCUUUAAUCAGAAUUGCAAUCUGGCGAGACACCAGAGGACUCACACAGGAGAGAACCCUUUUAAUGUCUUUCCUGUAGGAAAGGUUUCUGUGAUCAUUCCAGCCUGGUGAAACACCAGAGGACUCACACAGGUUAGAAACUAUUUGAAUGUCCUAAUUGUGGGGGAGGUUUCAGUCAGAAUUUCAACCUGGUGGCACACCAGAGGACUCACACCGUGUAGAAAUCUUUGAAUUGUCGAGUCUGCGAUCAUUACUU